AUGCCGGUCGCCGAAGCAUCCCCCGUCGCAUCCUCCGAGCCCGGUUUCGUCAAGAUGGAAGACCGGAAGAGAGCUGCCACGUCUGAUCACAAUGAUUCGGCACCACCAUUGAAGAAGCAAGCGACUUCUGUCAAUGGUGGUAGCAAGCCUCACCCAGAUGCUGAUAUGCCCUGGAAAGAUGACUUGGAGGUGAGUUUAGGAUUAGCCGGCGUAGUAGGAUUCAUGUCAUUCCAGGGGGGCCUUAGAUAUCCCUCGAGCGCAGAGCCCACCACGUCGUUGACUAUAAAGGAUGCGAUAUGGCGCCAAAUGCAGGAGUACAAGCGUGAGAAGGUCUCCUUGGAGGCCAAAUUAAAGGACAUGUCGAAAGCCGCUACUCGCCAUAACGAACACCUGCGCGUCAUCGAUACAUGGUAUAAUCAGGUCUGUGGAUCAACGUUGAUUGAUGAGGUCAAAUUGCUCCUGGGCGCUGCGGAGGAUAUCAAGGGAGAUCGGCCCACAUUUCAAAGUUCUUUAUCAUUCGACGAUGUCGACAAUUUUGAGAAACAUUUGAAAUCGCGGUCUAAUGAUAUACGUGACAUCAUCUCUCGCCUUGUAAAAAAUACGCCAAAAUCCCCACCUGAAAUAUGUGAGUUACAGAGUCAGCUCGCCAAGAAACUAGCAGAAGAGAAAGCUACUAUCGCCGAACUCGACAAAGCUUUAUCUGAGAAGCAGCAAUUAGAAGAAAGCCUAGAAGAAGCCUCCUUACGGUACAUGGUAGCCGAGAAGAAGUUGGACCGUGCACGGAGUUUGACGGUCGCCAAACUGGAGAAGCAAUAUAUCCUAGGCCCCCAGCGACCUGGGGGUGACAGUGCGUCCGGUCAACGAGAGGAACAAUCGGUAUCGAAUGGUGCGACACCUAGUGCCGAACGUGGCCCUGAACUAGACGAAGCACAUAAUAAGCUAGUAGCCAUCUCCGAAAAGCAGAAAGAACAACUACAGAAGCUGGAGACCGAGAAUGCCAACUUGCUGAGCCAAAUUACUGACUUAAAUAUCAAGCGUUCGAAACUUACCGAUGAUGAUUAUGCGCAUACGGACCUGUUCAAGCAAAUGCGAUCUCAAUAUGAUGAUGUCGUGAAACGGAUAAAUCAUUUGGAGGCAACUAAUGUGCAACUACGCGAAGAAGCCGUGAAACUGCGAUCGGAACGCACUGCAUACCGCAAUCAGGUUGACGAAGAAACGCAAAAUGUUAUCGCUGAGAAGGAAGCGCAGUUGAUACGGGCCGAGACGGAUUUGGCGCGGAUACGGAAUGCACGUGAUGAAUUGUUGGCCGAUCAGCAGAUGCGGAAGGCUGCUCAGGAACAAGAGAAAACAGCUGUUCUGAAGGUCCAGGAACUCGCGGAGGCCAGAAAUGCUCAGAUUGCUUCUCUAGAGUCGGAGGUUGAACGACUUCGUUUGCAAGUGGAAAACGCAAAAGCCACACAAGCGGAUUCCAGCGACAUUCCAGUCGAGGAGUUGCGCGGCAAGUACCAGGUACUCGAACGCCAAUAUGCAAUGCUGAACACCGAAUUAACCUCCAUGCAAACUGCCUGCAAGAAAUACUCUACUCUAGCUUCACAGAAAGUUACAGAUUUUAGUGCGUUGGAAGAGAAGAUGGCGCGCUUGACUGCGGAGAAAUCCAAGGCCGACCAGAAAUACUUCGCCGCAAUGAAGAGCAAGGAGGCCCGUGAUUUGGAGGUGCGGACCCUGAGGAUGCAGAACUCGAAGAGCUCAGAUAUUGUUUCGCAGUUGAAGGAAUCCGAAGCCGCUACACGUUCAUUGUUGGCGAAUAUGGAGAAGCAAGUUAGUGAGACAAAGGAAGCAUUGAACUCUAUGAUGAACAAGCACCAUGCUACACAGCAGCAGCUGGCAGAGAAUGGCAUCGUCAUAGAAGGCUUAAAGGGACAGAUUAAUGAACUGAAGACAUUGUCAACGUCCAAGGAUGCAACUCUGGCAAGCACUUCCAGUGCCUGUCGGCAAGCCGAGACAGAGAUCGAAGGGUUGAAGGCAACACUUGCGGAUACCAAGAAAAGCCUGGAUAAUUGGAAGAACAAGAGCCUGGGAAAUUCAUCAUCGGAAUAUGAGAUGCUGAGGACACUAGCACUUUGUACCGUUUGUCGCAGGAACUUCAAGAAUACCGCAAUCAAAACCUGCGGCCACGUUUUCUGCAAAGACUGCGUCGAAGAGCGCCUUACUUCUCGUUCUCGAAAGUGCCCGAAUUGCAACCGAUCGUUCGGAAAUAAUGACUAUAUGCACAUUACCCUCUAG